AGGACUAUGCUGUCAACCUCUCAGGUUUCCCUAAAGAGCGCCAUCGACAGCAUGCUUAGCUGGACCAAUUUGAAACCUAGCAAACCUCCUUGCGCAGAAGACCCUGGGAGGCCUCCAUGUCUCAAGAGCAAAGAUAUCUUCAGCAUCGUGGUGACCCCCGACCGCAUCCCCAAGUUCUUCAUCCCUUCACUGGACGUGGAACAUGUCACAGUGCAGAUGUGCCCUGAAGAUAACGAGUCUGAACGGAAAGGGGGCUCUGUGGAGCUGAAUGGGAGCGCCCGCCCGCAAAAAAGCGACUUGGACACCUGCAACAAGUCCAACAAGAAAACUCUCUUCAAAAAUAUGUCACUCCAAUCCUUCGACGGGGCGCUGUUUCCACUGUAUCUGGAACGGGAGGCAGAUCACUCAGAUCCUGCCACCAGAGCAGCGCUCUCACUGCCUCACCUCGCCAAAGUCACCACUCCUUACGGGUUCCUAGCGCUGGGGGAAAGCCCCAACAUUAGAAGAAAGGAGUCCCUGUUCUUUGAGCAGGAUCCCAACGACAUCAGGACUCUGCUCUCCCAGAGAAAGAAGAGCAACUCGCUAUUUAGGAAUCGUUCGAGUCAGCUGAGCGGCUCCAAACAGCGGCACACAACCCAGAGUGAAGAGACCAUAGAAUCUAGCCGAUCUGUGUCCUGGGAUGCGAUCUGUAAAGGCAGUCUGUUGUCAUCUCCCUCCCCUCCAUCGCCACUUGCUUCCUUCGAUACAGAAGGACCGGCGCCAAAGCCAGAAAAAAACAAGUUCCAGAAAUUAAUCAAGAAACACAUUUCCAGAAUCAAGCGUAUGCGCCCGGGUAGCACAUCCGUGCUGAAAGCAUCCUCUUCAGUAGACAGGGUAGCGUGAUCACACAUACAGACAGACAAUCAGACAUAUAAUUCAACAGGCUGCGGGGUCUUGCACGCACUGAGCCUGUGCACAGAGCUUAAGAAAGACGAAAAAAUGAACCACACACACAGAAACAACAGCACUUCAGGACCCUGGACGGGGCCGGGAGCUUUCUUGAAACGAAGCUGUUUUGUAAUUAUUUUACGGGUCUCUGUUUAUCCAAUUCCACCACAAAUUUGUCUUCAGGGACCACCUUGGAACCACCUUCGUCUCUGAUCAGGAAGAAUCGGGCCACAGACCAGGGCCAGGUGUUCCAGGCUUUCUGCUGUUUGUUCUGCCUCGUCCCCUGCAUCGACUGCACGCUCUGU